AUGGCCUCGCCGGCGUACGCCACCUACACGCCCAAGCGGCACCACUCGAGCGCGUCGUCCAUCUCGUCGCUGCAGCAACUCGGGUCCACCCCGCCUCAUCAUCCCUCGCCGCUCGGCACCUCGUCCCCGUCGGCGACCCGCACCCUGGGCACCUUUGCCCGGCCCCAGAACCACUCGUCCGACACGGGCUCGUUCCUGCGCGCACCGCAGCCCUCGCGGCCAGCGCUCCCGGCCCAGUGGAGCGGCCUCUCGGGCUCGUCCGCCAUCUCGUCCACCUCGACCGCAGCCGGUCCAGCGAGCGCCGCGUCCCCCGCACCACGGUCCCACACCUCAUCGACGACGACCACGACCGGCGCGCGCUCGCCCCCUCCCCCUCGCGCCUCGGCCGCCUCGCCCGCCCGCACGGGCGGACCCACGCCCCCUCCCUCCGCCUUCCCCUUCGCCAGUGUGCCCCCAGGCCACUCGCCCUUCCCCUCGGCGAGCCCGAGGCCCGACCGCGUGCGCUCGCCCGACAAGGUGCCCGCCCCGUACCACGCGCAGCAGCACGGCGCCGCGGCAGGAGGAGGAGGACCAGGCGGAUCGGGUGCGGCGGCGGCGCGCAGGAUGCCGUACCAGGCGGGCUUUCAGCCGCAGGGGGUCAGGAGGGACCGGAGCGAUGUGUUCCUCGAGCAGCGGCAGAAGUGCAGUGAGGCCAGGAAGCUCGACGAGGGCAGGCUCGCGAGGAGGCUCGACAAGCUCGUCGCGCUCCACUUUCCUCCCGAGAACGAGAAGGCCAAGGCGAGCGCGCCAACCAAGACCUCGACGCUCGCCUCGCUGUCGUCGCUCGGCGACUCGCUGCGAGGACGCACGGCCAAAGAGCUGUGGCGCACGGCGGUCGGCAACGUCGAUGUCGACGUCGAACGGGCCGAGCAGGCCAUCGUCAAGUGGCAGGACGACAAGGACGCCACGCAUUGCCCGAUCUGCACCGCCGCUUUCGGCGUCCGCGUCCGUCGUCAUCAUUGCCGCCUCUGCGGCCGCGUCGUCUGCUUCCUCCCGCCGACCCCUGUGGCGCAGUACCUCGAGCCGCUCGCCGUCACGCCUCCUUCAGCCGACGACCCGCCAUCCGCACCCGCACCAAAGCCCAACCGCCGCGAGCGAUGCUCGACCUUCUUCACCUACGAGACGCAGGCGUUCGGCGAGGAGAAGACGCGCAUGGGUGUCGUCGUCGAGGUGGCCCCUGUCGAGCAAGACCUGUCGAUCGACGCGGUACUCGGUCCGCAAGCGCAGGUCAAGAAGGACAAGGACGAGCGCAAGAAGGUGCGCGUCUGCCGAGACUGCCUCGGGACCGUCCUGCGCCAACAGCUCAAGACGCUUCCGGUCCGCACCCCGACGUGGCUCAAGCUGUAUGACGUCCUCGUCCAGCUUGAGAAGGACAUCGACGAGACGUUGCCCGAGUUCCAAGAGCUCGCCGUCGUCCUCUCCAAUCCCGCCGCCGCCGCCGAGUCGGCGACCCCUCCCUCGGCCAAGCACGCCAAGACGCUCCGCAAGCGCCUCUUGACCGACCUCGCCUCGUACGACACCGUCUCGAAGCGCAUACGCGACCUGCCCCUGCCUGAGGGUGCGCCGUCGGGCGGCUCGCAGGACCGGCUUCAGCGCGCGCUCUCCGCUCGAGCGCAGCUGUACCUGAGCGACAAGCUCGGGCUCUUGCGCAGCCUCGGCAACGUCGAGGAGCUGAGCGGCUCGAGCGCGGCGGCCAAGGGCAAGAAGGCGGCGGGCGGCGUCAAGGACGGCGAGUACACGGUCAAGACGCUCGCGAGCUUGCUCGACAAGGACGACGUCGACCGCGUCACGGAGCGAGUCGGACCCGAGCUCGAGGCGGCGGCAAAGCUCAACGUGCUGCGCGAGCAAGAAUCGCUCGUCCAGUCCUACGUCGACGACGCCAACUCGCGCCGACAGUUUGAGGACGCUGCGGCGCUCCAGGCCAGCCUCGACGAGCUGCGCGCCGAGAUUGCCGCUGUGAGCGUCUCUUUGCCGUAGAGCUCGCUCGAGCGGCAGCCUCUUUAUCUCGCGCGUCCUGCAACUCGCAGUCUUGUGCGGACACUCUC